ACAAAAGCGCAGCAGGUUUUUCUGAAGGUUUAUAAAAUAUUUUGCUGUUUGCUGAAAGCUGACUUUCGUUUACUUGCCAUCAGUUUGUUGGGUGUCAAUUCUAAAAGGGAUACAGAGAUAAGAUUCCUUUUCUAAGUCUCUCCUUAAGGCUGAUGUCUGGUCUGUUGUGGGAUAUGACUCUGUGUGAUGCUUCAUCACUGCUGGAUAUGGACUGGUUUUCUCUUUAUACAAUUCAAUGCCACAUAUAUUCGCCAAACAAAAAAAAAGUUUUGCAAGAAAAUAAAGUUUUGCAAAAGAAAAUAAAGUUUUGCAAAAAAAAAAUAAAGUUUUGCAAAAAAAAAAAAAAAUAAUGCAAAAUAUAAAUGAGACGGAGCAAAAGCAAUCAUUUUGUGAUACCAUUUUUCUUUGUCCUUCACUUUUCUUUGCGUUUGACUUUCUGCCACUGUUUUGACGUGAGGGUGGAGUCAAGGUGUUGGGGCGCAGGCCAGCCUCCUUCAUCAGCUGGAGACUCAAAUCAUAACAGAUGAAGUUAACAGAACAGAGGAUCCUUAAAGAUGGAUUUAAAGAAAAAAAUCUGCAGAAUGAAGCAGAUUUCUGUCCUUCUGGAUGUCCUGUUCUUCCUCACCAUGAGUUUUCCUCAGGUUUCUGCAGUCAGACACUCUCUGCAGUAUCUCUACACUGCUGUCACACCAGGAAUUAAUUUCCCAGAGUUCACUGCUGUGGGUCUGGUGGAUGGACAGCAGUUUGUGUACUACGACAGUAACAUCAGGAAGAUGAUCCCAAAGACAGAAUGGAUAAAGAAGGUCAGUGCUGAUGAUCCAGAUUACUGGACCAGAGAGACGGAGCGUACAUUGAGUGACCAGGAGGAUCUCCAUCAUCUAUUGCACACUGUAAUGAAAAGCUUUAAUCACACUAAAGGAGUUCACAUACUCCAGAGGAUGUUCGGCUGUGAGCCCGGUGAUGAUGAUGAUGAUGAUGAUGAUGAUGAUGAUGAUGGCACCACUAGACGAUACAAUCAGUUCGGUUAUGAUGGAGAAGAUUUCAUCAGUCUGGAUCUGAAAACUGGAACCUGGACUGCAGCUACACCACAAGCUGAGAUCAUCAAGAACAAGUGGGAGUCUACAGGAUACAAGGCUCAAUACUGGAAGAACUACCUGGAGAACGAGUGUAUUGAGUGGUUAAAGAAGUUCGUGUCUUAUGGCAGAGAGACUCUGGAGAGGAAAGAUCAUCCUAAAGCAUCCGUGAUCCAGAAACACUCGCCUUCUCCAGAGGUGGUGUGUCACACUACAGGUUUCUUCCCCAAAGCAGUGAAUAUCACCUGGAGGAAGGACGGAGAGGACGUGAACGAGGACGUGGAGCUCAGAGAGACGUUACCCAACCAGGAUGGAAGCUUCCAGAAGAGAAGCAUUCUGAAAGUCCCAGCUGAGGAUCUGCAGAAACACACCUACACCUGCGUGAUUCAGCACAGCAGCUUGAAGGAGGAGUUAGUGCUGAAUGUGAUCGAGCAACAAAUCCGGGGAGAUAACAGGUACAAGUCUAGUAUGUUGGAUUGGAUCCUCAUCUUUGGUGCAGUUGUUAUUCUCUUCGCUCUCUCUGUCGCUGGAUUUGUUAUUUGGAUGAAAAGGAAGAAAGUCACACAUGUUCCAACUCAAGGCAGCCCCAGUGUCUCCUUUACCCGUUUGCCAUGGGUCUGCCAGUGCUGCCAUGGUUCUGAGGAAAUGAGAAAGAGAGAGGAGGAAAGAGAGAUGAACAUGGACCCCAUAGAUGACUAACUGAAAAGACAGCACAAGCAUUUUUACUAGUUUUGGGCUGUAGUCAGGACCACCAUUGUCCAAGUUCACGUCCAGGACUAGCCGAGAUCGAGUCGAGGACAAAGUCAAGUCUGGAACCUCAGAAAACAACACUGAGUCAAGAUCUAAAUCCACAGUUGGCUUUUGGCUUCACCAGUCAUUAGGCUGUUUUCUAGGGAAAGGUGUUACUUUGCAUCAAAGUAUGUUGAUCUGAGAAACUCGGACAAUAUGAACAUUAUUUUUAAGUCUCAGUAGAGAUGAAGAGCAUAUUCAGAGCUUAGAUCAAUGCCCAAGACUGAGACAUGUCUAAGUCAGUGCAGAAAACAUUUCAAGAGUCCUACAGCCUUAUACAAAUCAUUCAGAACCUAUUCACACCUUAAUUUCUCACAUUGUUGUUGUCAAAAGCCUACAAUCUACACUCCAUACACCAUAAUGCUAUCAGUGCAAAUUUAUUUAAGAAAAAAACAAAUCCCUGGAAUAUCACACUGAUAUAAGUAUUUAGAGCCCUUGCUAUAUGACACUUGAAAUUUAUCUCAAGUCCUUUAUAUUUCUCUAAAUCAUCUUUGAGAUGUUUCUACACUUUGAUUGGAGGUUAAAUGUGAUUUUUUAAAAUGUGAAAAUUUAAAAUGAUAGGACAUGAUUUGGAGAAGGAGCACACCUGUGUUUUGGUUUUAACAGCUGAAAAUGCACAUCAGAACAAAAACCAAGCCAUGGGGUCAAAGGAACAUCCUGCAGAGCCAAGAACCCAGACUGGACUUUAUAUCAGAGUGGUCAGACCAGAGCCUCUUCUCAGUGAGUGACGCAUGAAAGCCUGCAUGGAAUUUGACUUUUUUUUCCACUCUACCAUGAAGCCCAGAUCAGAGGUUUUGCAGUGAUGGUUGACCUUCUGCAAAUUUCUUCCAUGUCUACACAUGCGGUCACUCUGGAUCUCACCCAGAGUGGCCAUCAGGUUUGUGGUCACUUCUCUUACCCUGACCUUUCUCCACUGCUAGCUCAGUUUGCUGGUGAUCAGCUCUAGUAAGAGUCCUGUUUGUUCCACAUUUAAGCAUUAUGGAGGUCAGUGUGCUCUGGAAACUUCAGUGCAACCUCCAGUUUGAAAAGGUUCCUUGUGGUAUUUUUGUAUAUGUUGAUGCUGUAGGUCUGCAACAAGCUGAUGUCUCCACCUAUAUGAAAGCAGCAGACAGGAUAUCUAACACAUCAGUCACUCUUAUGUAUCUACACUGAACUGGGAUAGUGGCACCUUUUAAAGCAUUUUGUAUACUUUGCAUAUUUUAUUAAAAUGGUACAGUUUUGUAUUCCGUUCAUUCUUUUUUCUGUUAUAAGAAACAAAUAAAAAUUAUUUAAAAUAAGUAAGACUGCUUUGGUUCAGUGAAUAGUUUUUUAUUUAUCGAGCUGAUCUCAGUCUCACAUGUAGAUCCUCCCACUGGAGUGAACUCAAGGCCUCUGAGACAGGCUGUCCAGGCCUGAAGACUCUCCAGUCCAGCUGAUAUCACACGAGAAAAUCAGACUGCAGAUCAAUAUCAGAAUCACACACAAGGGAGAUACAUUUCUGUUUUCAGAAAAUUCAUGGUUCCCACCUCGAGACCUCAUGGUGCAGGUGGUGCAGGCGACUUGUCAC